UUUCGGUAGCAAAGCUUGUAUAUGAUCAGCAAGCAGCUUUACCACACCCUUAAAAUCGGUGGGUUUUAGGGUUGGAUUUAGGCCCACAGGAGCCUCACAACGGCCGACAGUGGACUUAUGGAGUUGGAAAAUAUUGUAGCUAAUACUGUUUUACUCAAAGCCCGCGAAGGCGGAGGGGGAAAACGAAAAGGCAAGAGUAAAAAGUGGAAACAAAUUUUGAAAUUUCCUCACAUAUCAGUUUGCAAUGACCUUAGGAAUAAACUCGAAUUUACCCAUGAAAAUAUAUGUGAAAAGCAACCAAUUGGAAAAGCAUUAUUCAGGGCUUACUGUGAAACAGAUGUGGAACUCAAGAAGUCUAUCUCAUUUCUGGAUAAAGUUAGAGCUUAUGAGAUAGCAUCAGAUGAAGACCGUGUCUCAACAGGUCAAGAAAUCUAUGAUAUGUACCUCAGUCAAGAAUCACCAACAGUCGUCAAAUAUAUAAGUACAGAGACGAUAGCAGCAUGUAAAGAAAAUUUGUCGUCUGAAACCAACAACAACAAAGAACUUUUCAGUGACUGUGCAUCAGAAGUUAAAGCUUAUCUCAGUGAACAGCCUUUCAAAGAUUUUCAAGAUAGUAUGUAUUUUUCUAGAUAUUUACAGUGGAAAUGGCUGGAAAAUCAGCCAGUUACCAAAAAUACCUUUAGGCAAUACCGGGUGCUGGGAAAGGGUGGUUUCGGUGAGGUUUGUGCAUGUCAAGUUCGAGCAACGGGGAAAAUGUAUGCAUGCAAAAAGUUAGAGAAAAAACGAAUAAAAAAAAGAAAAGGCGAAGCCAUGGCAUUGAAUGAGAAACAAAUUCUCCAAAAAGUUAACAGUAGAUUUAUAGUUAGUUUAGCAUAUGCAUAUGAAACAAAAGAAGCUCUAUGUCUAGUUCUUACCAUUAUGAAUGGGGGUGAUCUGAAGUUUCACAUACAUAACAUGGGCAACCCUGGCUUUGAAGAAGAACGUGCCCUGUUCUAUGCAGCAGAGAUUACAUGUGGAUUGGAACAUCUAAAUCAACUUCGUAUAGUUUAUAGAGAUCUUAAACCUGAAAAUAUCUUACUUGAUGACUGGGGCCAUGUUAGGAUUUCAGAUCUUGGAUUGGCAAUAGAAAUAUCAGAAGGUGAAUCAAUAAGAGGAAGAGUUGGAACAGUAGGUUAUAUGGCACCAGAAGUAGUUAAAAAUGAAAAGUACACAUUUAGUCCUGAUUGGUGGGGUCUAGGCUGUCUUAUCUAUGAAAUGAUAGAAGGACGGGCACCAUUCAGGGCAAGGAAAGAAAAAGUCAAAAGAGAAGAGGUUGAUAGGCGAGUCAAAGAAGACAAGGAAACCUAUUCAUCAAAAUUUAGCAGUGAAGCACGGGAAAUUUGUGAGAAACUUUUACAGAAAGAUCCUAAAAUGCGAUUAGGAUUCCGAGAAGGCCAUGCGAGGGAUGUGAAGUCAAAUCCGUGGUUUAAGAAUAUUAACUUUAAGAGGCUUGAUGCUGGUUUCUAUGAUCCUCCUUUUGUACCUGACCCACGGGCAGUCUACUGCAAAGAUGUAUUGGAUAUAGAGCAAUUUUCAACUGUCAAAGGCGUGAAUCUCGAUCAGAAUGAUGACAUGUUUUAUUCUAAAUUCAGCACUGGAAGUGUGACAAUACCAUGGCAAAACGAGAUGGUAGAAACUGAGUGUUUCAAUGAGCUUAAUGUAUUUGGACCAAAUUGCACUCCAACACCCGAUUUAAUGAUGGACCAGCCACCACCCCCUCCCAGAAGGGGAUUGUUUAGUAGACUUUUCAGAAGGCGUCACCAAGACAGACAUUAGUACUAAAUGUGUAACUAGUUGGCUAACUCUGUAGUUGUAAUACGGCCCCAGUCGUGUAUUAUGGGAUGUAUUACCAUGGAGAUGACAUCAUGGCUGCCAUGUUUUGACAUUCACCAGUUAUGGUAUGGCCCAGGUCAUGUAUUAUGGGAUGUAUUACCAUGGAGAUGACACCAUGGCUGCCAUGUUUCGACCAAUGACGGUACUGCUACUCAAUGUGGAAUCUUUGCAGUCUUGGAACUGGAGGCCGGUUGUUAGAGAUUGUGCAACUGUCUUAUUAUUUUUUUUUCAAUUUAGUGUUGACACGUUGAACAUGUCUAUCAGUAGAAUUGAAAAAAAAAAACCAAAGAAAUCUCUAUUUUAAAGUCAUAUUUUACAUUCUUGCUUAAUAGAAUUUUAGUGUUUGUAGAAAGCAUUGUACAUACUGUCUUAUGUUGCCAAAGUGUCCCAGCGAUUUUUUGUUGUUGUCAGGUUUUAAUUUAACCCUUCUUGUCAUGUGUGUAAGAACGCCUAAUUGCAAUAUUGGCGUUCUGUUCGAUGCUGCCUGGAAGAAUACAUUACGGUCACUGAUACAUCUCUUUAUACUGAUUUUAGUUUAUCAACAAAGGCAAACAAUUUCAGUCUUAACGAUGGAAAUGAACUAUAUUAAAAGAUAUUUAAGUUAUUUAUGUAUAUGUCAUUCACAAAACACCACAUUUGGUAUAAAUUAUUAUUCAUGAUACAAAAAAAAAAACGAGUCAAUUUAUAGAGAAAACAAUUGUUUAAACUUUAAACCAUGUCUUAUCUGUAGAUAUAGUCAUCAACAUACACACGCACCUUGACGGAUACACUCAGACUGAAAGACAUACAUACAGACGGACGGACGGAUGGACGGACACACACACAAAAAAAUAAAAGUUGUUUCCACUACCUAGCCGUAGUAAUUUUUUUUAUGGAUUUGUUUCCCGAAUUCUGUAUUUUAGCAUGUGUGAACCAUUCUUGCCAGUGUUUUGGUUUUUACUGCUCCAAGUACGUUUGUUUUUUGCUUUCACAUAAUAAAAAUUAAAUGGGAAAAUUUGUUAUGGUGA